AUCAUUGUUAUGUAUUUUUUAAAAAUCUCAAAAAGUACAAAGUCACACCUAAUUGGAAGGACUCUAACCGUAGAUAACAUUAAAGAAGUUGUCAUGUGACCUGAUAAUAGUACAUGACAUUGGACACAUGGUUCAGUCUGUUAUCAUCCAAGGACGGUUCUCUUGGUUUUCGUUUCUUCUGGAAGUUUCCUAGCCUUUUCUUUACCUCCUGUCUUCACUUUUCAAAAUUCACACUUUUGUUUUAUUUAACUAAUUUUGUUUCGUGUAUACCAAAUUUAUAAUAAUAUUUUAACUAAUAAAAAUGUUGAAGUUCAGUUUUAACAAAGUUUCACUUCUGAAAAAUGAAGCAAACAUGCUUAAAUUUCUACAAAAGUUUAGUGAAAGGCAGCUUGCAACUGCAGCCACCCAAGCUAAGGAAGAUCCUAAAGGUGGUACCAAGGAAAAUAUGUCUUUUAUGAUGAAUCUAUUUCGAGGUGUUGUUCAACCUGCACAAGUCUUCCCCUAUCCCGAUGCACUGACUGAAGAGAUGACAGAACACCUUAAAAUGCUUAUUGAUCCUACCCAAAAAUUCUUUGAAGAAGUAAACAAUGCAGAAAAAAAUGAUGAUGCUUCUGCUAUUGAGCCUCAUACUCUUCAAGGUUUACGUGAUUUUGGUGCUUUUGCACUCCAAGUACCCCAGGAAUACGGAGGUAUGGGUAUUACUAAUUCACAAUAUGCAAGGAUCACAGAAAUCGUUGGUGGUCAUGAUCUGGGUGUUGCAGUCACUCUUGGUGCUCAUCAGUCCAUUGGCUUUAAGGGUAUCUUGCUGUUUGGAAAUCCAGAACAGAAGGCUAAGUACUUACCUAGGGUUGCAACUGGAAAAGAAUUCGCAGCAUUCUGUCUCACGGAACCAUCAUCUGGAAGUGAUGCUGGAUCAAUCAGAUCCAGAGCAACCUUAUCACCAGAUGGUAAACAUUACAUCCUGAAUGGUAGUAAAAUUUGGAUCAGUAAUGGAGGAAUUGCUGAUAUUAUGACUGUCUUUGCACAAACUCCAGUAAAAGACCCCAAAACAGGAAAAGAAAUUGAUAAGGUCACAGCUUUUAUCGUCGAGAGGUCUUUCGGUGGUGUUACUAGUGGUCCUCCAGAACCAAAAAUGGGGAUCAAAUGUUCAAAUACUACUGACAUUUUUUAUGAUAAUGUCCCAAUACCAGUCGAAAAUGUAUUAGGAGGUGUUGGAGAAGGCUUUAAGGUGGCCAUGAAUAUAUUAAAUAAUGGACGUUUCGGAAUGGCUGCUGCACUUUCUGGUACAAUGAGGGCAGUCACAAAGAAAGCUGUCGAACAUGCUACAACUCGUAUCCAGUUUGGUCGCAGAAUAGAUUCUUAUGGAACUAUUCAGGAAAAACUAGCCCGAAUGGCAAUGCUCCAUUACAUAACUGAGAGUCUUGCCUAUUGUAUCUCAGGUAACAUGGACUCUGGCAGUACGGAUUAUCAUCUUGAAGCAGCUAUUUCAAAAGUAUUUGCUUCUGACAGUGCUUGGACUGUAACAGACGAAGCCAUUCAAAUUCUUGGUGGAAUGGGUUUUAUGAAAGGAACUGGUCUGGAAAAAGUCAUGCGAGACUUGAGAGUUUUCAAAAUAUUCGAAGGCACAAAUGAUAUAUUGAGGCUGUUUGUGGCUCUUACAGGUAUCCAAUAUGCUGGCUCCCAACUGAAGGAACUCCAGAUGGCUUUCCGACAGCCAACAGCUCAUCUCUCAUUGAUAAUGGAAGAGGUGACCAAGAGAGGUUUGAGGACAGUCGGGCUUGGUAGUACUCCAUCCCUUUCACAUCUUGUUCACCCUAGCCUGUCUCCAUCGGCCGCUCUUGUUGCCAAAUCAAUUACUCAGUUUGGACCUGCAGUUGAGUCGCUGUUGAUGAAGUUUGGUAGAGGUAUUGUUGAAGAACAAUUCCUUCUCAACCGGGUGGCAAAUGCUGCGAUUGAUAUUUAUACCAUGUCUGUUGCUCUGUCCCGAGCCACCAGAUCUAUCCAGAAGAAUCUACCUUCUGCCGAACAUGAAGCCCUCAUGACCAAAGUUUGGUGCUCUGAGGGUUCCAUGAGAGUUUCUAAUAAUCUUGGCGCACUCAGAAGUCCUCAUCAUGCUGCUAAUUUUAAGAACAUGUCUCAAAUAGCCAAAAAUAUUUGUGAAAAUGGAGGAUUUGUCCAACCUAAUCCACUUAAUGUAUGAACCCAGUUCCAGUGUACAUUCUUGAAUUGUCCAUGACCGAAAGUAGCUUCAUAUAUGUACAUUUGACUCCCGAUAACUCGAAUCUCAGGGUAAAUAGAUAAAUUUGAGUUAUCUAGUUUUCAACUAAUCGGUGUUAUAGGUAGCGAGACCUAAAAUAAUGAACGUUGAAUCAUAAAGGUCCAAGUUCAUCAAUGUUUUUUAAUUUUUUUUACAUUCCUACUCUAGUAAUCAUCCAGUGCCUAGAAAUAAUGAGUAUUAAACAAAAAAACAUACUGAUACAUUACCUAUUUAAAUAUGUAUUUACUUACCUAUUUUAUAUCUAUAUACAAUUCAUUUUUGUAUAAACGAAAAAUUUCUAUGUGUAAGAUUGUUCUUACCUUUAGAAAAAUUAUUUAUUUUGCACUUUUACGGGUUUAUGAGACUUUAAGGUAACUAAAAGUUGAGCUUUUCUGAUCCAACAGCAUGGUCUGACAUUCCUUGUUUUUUCCAUUGUUGCAUGGGUCUUCUUCAGAAGUUACCGUUUAUUCCACCUUGCAUUUAAAAAAUAAUGCUACCUCAUCAGCAAUAUAAAUGUUUUACAAUGCAUUCCCUUCUGUAAGAUUAUUCUGUCAGUAUAACAACAUUUUCAUUGAUACUCGACCUUUCAUUACUCACUUUUUUAAAAAUAAUAUUUUUUUUCUAAAUAUUUUAGAGCCAUUCAUUCGAAUCCCUUCUUUUUUACAUGUACCCCACAGUUUUCUCUCUUAAAAUAUUCCUCUGGUGGAAAUGUUUUUU